AUGAUCUUUGAACUUGCUCCGAUUGUGCUUGAUUGUGGAUCCUAUCAGUCCCGAGCUGGUCUGGCAUUAAUCAACAACAACAACAACCACUCGGACCCUUUGCAACCUUCUCCGAAAGUGAUCACCCGAACCAUGCUGGGUCGAUAUCCACAAGCCCAAUAUCACACCAUAUUCCUCGGAGAUGAAGUGUUGGAUCGGAGAGGAUUUAUUAAACAUUGUUUUCCAAUACAGAGAGGACAGGUGACUGAUUGGCAUGAUCUUGAGACAUUUUGGGACUUUUUAAUAUUUAAUCAUGUGUUAUUGAAUCAUGGAACCACUCGAGAGCAUUCAUAUUCCUUGAAUAAUCAUGACAAGGUGAUGGGAUUUCAAGAAACAUGCACAGAUAGAGCUCUCUUGCUUAAUGAAAAUCCUUUCAUGGGUAAUUGUUGUUUUUUGAAAAGUACUUCAACCAAUCAUCAUUUUACAAACAAUUUAAACAUGCAUCGAGAAAAGACCAUUCAAAUCAUGUUUGAAAAAUUGCAAAUACCUGCUCUGUGCUUGGCACCAUCUCCACUGAUGAGUUUAUAUGCAAACGGAAAAACGAAUGGUGUCGUUGUGGAAUGUGGCCAUGGAGUCACCCAAAUUGCAUCAUGUUUGGAUGGAAAAGUAGUGGCAAAUUCUGUCAAGCAAUUAGAGGUUGCAGGCUCUGAUUUGACUCAAAUUCUGGCACAAAACUUUCGUCAAAAAGGAUUGUUUUUCAAAACCUUUUAUGAAAUUCAUUGUCUUUGCAAAGAAAUUAAGGAAACUCUGUGUUAUGUCGCACUCGAUUACGAAUCAGAAAUGAAAAAAGAUUCAUCUCUAAUUUCCAAAGAAUACGAGUUGCCAGAUGGAACUCUCCUCAACACUGAGUAUGAGAGAUUCAAAACUUGUGAAAUAUUAUUCCAACCAGAGUUGUAUCAGUCAGAAGAGCUCUCAGAAGGAACACCAUUUGAAAUUGACGAUUCAUCUGGCAUUCAUCAAUUAGCACUCGACUCCAUUCGAUCCUGUAGUGACAUGCAUGCUCGAUUAGGUCUAUAUUCUAAUAUCGUUCUCGCUGGAGAAAGUACUUUAUUACCUGGUUUCAAAGAAAGACUUCUGAAAGAGAUGAUUCAGUUAGCUCCCUCACAAGCUCAUGUUCAAGUAGAACCCAAACGACACUCUCACUCGUGUACUCCUGCUUGGAUUGGAGGCUCCAUUCUUGCUUCUAUGUCCAUCUUUCCUGAUUUAUGCAUGAACAAGCAGGAAUAUCAUGAAGAAGGUGCCAUUCCAUACUCGAAGAGAUGUUUACACAAGAUGUAUUCCUGA